AUGGUGUCACUCAAGUCUAUUGCAUUCGCUUAUGCGACUGCCAAUUUAUUGGCAGUAGAUGCAAGCCCCUGCCGUCCAUCAAGCUCCGCCUUGUCCGGCUCCGAAAGCCAGACCUUAUCGUCGGCCGUCUCGACUUCCACGUCGGGCAGUGGCACCAUUCCAGUUGAUACCACGACGUCCAAGGAACUCACUUUGUCCAACGAUGAAACAACUAUUGGAAGUUCAACUUCGUCUGGUAGUGAGACUCUCAGUGUUUCUAUGUCGUUGAGCGAGCCCACUACAUCUGAUCUUGCAACACUCUCCACUAUUGCAACUUCUAGCAGCCUUACGACUUCCGUCGAACUGACUACUGCGUCUGGAAGUGCCACGACCUCUGCUGAGACUACUGCAUCUACAGAUACUACGGAGUCUGUUGAGACCACUAGGAUCACUGAUGCUACUGCGUCUACCGAUGCUACUGCGACUACUGGCACCACAGUAGCCGCCGGAUCUGAUACCACAACCGUCGCUGAUACCACGGCUGAUACCACCACUACAAUUGAUACCACAACCACUGCCGACACUACAACUACGGCUGACACAACCACUGCUGAUACUACGACUACGGCUGACACAACCACUGCUGAUACUACGACUGCCCCAGAUACUACCACCACCAUGGGAUCUACAACGGUUUCCGAAGAGCCUACUACUACAACCUCUGCUUGUGUUGAGCCUACCAACAUGCUCAGAGAGGCUGGCUUUGAAGAAUCUACUGGUACUUGGGGAUUUUACUGGGGCGGCGGUUAUGUUGACGAGAAUGCCGAAAAGCCUCGCACUGGAAGUGGAGCCGCUGUUCUUCCCGUUCCUGAUAAACAAGAACGCCGUAUGGAGCAGCGCGUACAUGUUGUCCCAGGUACAGAGUAUACCGUCAGCUUCUACUACGCUCUUUCGGCCGUCCCAGAUGCUAGCAGCCAGUGCAUCGUGUUUGCUACCUUCGACUACUAUACGACCUUGAAGACAGUACCGAUUCCAUCUGACAUUGUUUACCACCAGUACACUGGCAGUUUCAUCGCAGCGGACAACUUGGACCCGGUCAUCGAGAUUGGUGUCUCAUGCCCCCGAGUGAGCAAUGCGCCUGAAGUUCGGGUUUUCAUCGACGAUGCUUCGGUCAUGGGUGCCGCUUGUGACGCCACUCCUCCCGAGUCAACGCUUCUCGUCCCUGCAGACCCAGAGCCAGCUAACUGUCCUUCGAACGUCAUUAAAACCCCGGGUUUUGAGACUAUGGAUGGAAGCCAGAGCUGGUAUAUCCUCGGCGACGGAGAUUUUGUAGAGGACGAAUCGAAUGCUCGCACAGGAAAAUGGGAAGCACUCUUGAACAGCGUUUCUCAACCUGGAUUCGGCACCUUCCUCGAACAGGUAUUCUCUUCGUCAGACCUCGCUGCCGGCGAGACAUACGAUCUCCGUUUCUUCUGGAAGCCCAAGUCUUUGCCAGAUAACGGCCGGUGCUACAUAUACAGUGUUCCCAAUCGUGGAAACAACGCAAUAACAUAUGACACAGUUGCUUUUGGGGCAACCUCGUCAACUGGCUACACUAUCUCCUCAGGUCGCUUCACAAUGCCGGAAGGUGAUGUGACUAUUUCAAUCAUCUUCAUUUGCGACGAGAUCAGUAGUCAGCAGCUACAAGGAUCAGUCUACGUUGACGAUACUGCACUGAUCAAGGUUGGAGGCUGCGAGGCAUAUCCCGAGACAGGAGCAAUCAUCGAGAACCCUAGCUUCGAGGUUCAAGCGACUGACGAUAGCACUUAUGCCUGGUUCGGAACUAGUGGUGUCAGCAUCAAGGCAGGCACUACAGCCAACGGUCCCUCCCCUCAGACGGGUAACAAUUUCCUAUACAUCAAGCUCGACUCCGACAGAAAUUCCGCUACUGUCACAAAGCCUCUGGCCAAGACUUUAAGCCCAGGCCGACAGUAUACUAUCAGCUUCAGCUGGACUGCUGGGGCGGCUUAUGAAACCGGCGAUUGCUCCUUCACACUCGCCCUUGGCUCAGCUACUGAUACACUCAACCUGAACUCAGAGGUUACGCCUUAUGAGUACCAAGAGUUCACGGCCAAUCUCACGCCUAAUGAAGAGACUUCCUCUAUGACUCUUCAGGUCCAAUGCGGGGAUGUGUUCCCUGACUUUGCGUUUGACGAUUUUACUCUCCAGUAA